AUGGCGGCACUAGACACUGCCGUGAGCUCCGGCGCCAAUCUGGAUUCCGACCUGCGUCGCAGGAAUGUCACUGGUUCUAGAGCCAAUGUGGACAAUGCUCGAACAACCGAGGAGGAGAAGACAAAGUCCAAGCAGUCCCCCUCAUUCCUCCAUGUACUCGCUCGCUGGGAACCGAUCAUUGUUCCUAUCAUUUUGACUGCCCUCGCCCUCUUCACCCGCUUAUACCAGAUCGGCCGAUCCAACAUCGUCACUUGGGAUGAGGCUCACUUCGGUAAAUUCGGUUCUCACUACCUGAAGCGCGAGUUCUACUUCGAUGUACACCCCCCGUUGGGAAAGAUGCUAGUUGGCCUAUCCGGCUAUCUUGCGGGCUACAAUGGAUCCUUUGAAUUCAAGUCUGGCGAGAAGUAUCCUGAAGAUGUGGACUAUACCUUUAUGCGAGCCUUCAACGCCGCUUUCGGCAUCGUCUGCAUCCCUCUGGCUUACUACACAGCUCGAGAGUUGAACUUCCGCAGAGCCACGGUCUGGCUGAUCAGUCUGAUGGUGCUGUGUGAGAACUCAUACGCAACCAUCUCUCGCUUCAUUCUGUUAGACUCCAUGCUACUUUGUUUCACCUUUACCACCACAAUGUGUUGGGCGAGGUUCCAUCGCCUGCAGCGUGCCAGCUUCUCGUUGGAAUGGUGGACUUGGUUGUUCCUGACUGGUUUGAGUAUUGGAUGCGUCUGCAGUGUCAAAUGGGUUGGUUUCUUCUGUACCGCUCUUGUAGGCCUGUACACCAUCGACGACCUGUGGAACAAGUUUGGCGACCUCAAGAUGCCCCAGGCCGUACUUGCAAAGCAUGUUGUCGCUCGCGUCGUGGGAUUAAUUGUCAUUCCCAUCUUGGUUUAUAUGUUUUCUUUCUACAUGCACUUCUUGGUGCUAUCGAACAGUGGCCCCGGCGAUGCUCAAAUGAGCUCUCUUUUCCAAGCUAACCUGCGUGGCACCGAGGUCGGCAGGGACAGCCCCCUUGAGCUUGCAAUUGGUUCGAGAAUCACACUCAAGAACAUGGGGUAUGGAGGAGGCCUUUUGCACUCUCAUGUGCAGACCUUCCCCGAAGGUUCCCAACAGCAGCAAGUCACUUGCUACCACCACAAGGAUGCCAACAACGACUGGUUCAUCUACCCCAACCGACAGGAACCGGACUAUAACGCCACCGCUGAUCUUCGGUUUGUUGGUGACGGCGAUGUCAUCAGGUUGAUUCACGGACAAACUGGCCGUAACUUGCAUUCUCAUGCUAUUCCGGCCCCGAUUACCAAAUCCCACCACGAAGUAUCCUCUUACGGAAACAUCACCAUUGGAGACGACAAAGACCACUGGAAAGUGGAGGUGGUUAGCGAUGCUGCAUCCAGGGAUCGCUCCAGGAUUCGGACGCUCACCACAGGCUUCCGGCUGCGCCAUCCAGUGCUGGGCUGCUACCUCCGUGCCGGAAAUGUCAACCUGCCCCAGUGGGGCUUCAAGCAGAUCGAAACCACAUGCGUCAAGGAGAACAAGCCCAGCGACGUUUACACCCAUUGGAAUGUGGAGUCGCACACCAACGAGCGCCUACCACCUGGUGACCCCGGCUCCUACAAGUCCCCCUUCUUGAAAGAUUUCAUUCACUUGAAUGUGGCCAUGAUGACUUCUAAUAAUGCACUGGUCCCUGAUCCCGACAAGCAGGAUGACCUGGCUUCCAAGUUUUGGCAGUGGCCAAUUCUCAACGUUGGUCUGCGUAUGUGCUCUUGGGAUGAUAGUGUGGUCAAAUACUAUCUCCUCGGAAACCCUCUUGUUUACUGGGGAAGCAGCGCUGGUCUUGUUGGGUUCGGUCUCCUGUUCCUUUGGCAUCUUCUCCGCUGGCAGAGAGGCUACAAGGAUCUCAGCAAUGAUGAUAUUGACCACAUCCACUACUCUGGGUUGUAUCCGAUCAUUGGAUGGGUUUUACACUACCUUCCCUUCAUCAUCAUGGCUCGUGUGACUUACGUUCACCACUACUACCCAGCCCUUUACUAUGCCAUUCUGAACUUUGGCUUCUGCGUCGACUGGGUGACACGAAAGAUGAACCCAAGACUCGCCGCUGUGGUCUAUGCCCUGCUCUAUGUUACUGUCAUUGGAUUGUUCGUUCACUUCCGAGCCAUUGUAUUCGGAAUGGAAGGCUCCAACCAGCAAUGGACUCACCUGCGCUGGCUGCCUGGAUGGAAGAUCGCGAACCAAGCAUAA